AUGGCAAACAAUCUCAGCGCUAAAAGCGCAACUCACUGUUUCAGUUCGCUGGGGAAAAUCAGUGACAGAGCUCUGAUGACUAUGAUCAACAUCAGAAGGAGACCUCUGCUGUAUAUCAUCAACUUAAUUUUUCCAGUAUUCUGUUUCCUUGUGCUGGAUGUGGCCUCCUUCUUCAUAAAGGCAUCUGUAGCAGACAAGCUGGGCUUUAAAGUGACUUUACUGCUGUCCAUUUCUGUGUUACUGCUGAUUCUUAAUGACAAGCUGCCAUCUACCUCCAGUAAAAUCCCAUUGAUUGGGAUUUACUGCGGUGGGAUUUUCACACUUAUAGGCAUAAGCAUUCUGGAAACCAUCUUUGUGAAUUUUCUGAUUUCUGAAGGAGAAGAAACAAAAUCAGAAGCACCAGCGGAAACCCAAGAAGCUGCUACUGGUCAUGAUGAUGGCGUAGACAUGGUUACCAGUAGAAUUGAAGAGCCGACAUGUACGGUCAACACUCAGAAGAAGGCAUCACUAUACUGGAACAGAGCGGCAAGAAUCAUAGAUGUGACCUUCCUUGUUCUUUACAUAAUCACCAUUAUUGUGUUUCUGUCUUUUCUUGGCAAGAUUUGGUUUCUGUUUGAAGGGAAACCAGACAUGUAUGUGAAUUAUUUUACUACAGCGGAGAUGGUACUAUAAUAAUUCACAGACAUGUCUGAUGUCUGGAAGUAAAUGCUUUCAAACACACUGUCGUAAAAACGAACUGUUGUCCCUCCCCCCUCGAAACCCAGUUUAUCAGCUUAUUUCCAAUCCAGUUACGUCUAUCUAAGUUAUGUAAGUAAUAUUUCCUUUCCAACUGAUUUUUUUUUUAUUGUGUUGUCAUGCAUAACAGUAUUUUUACCGUGAACGACCGAUAUGAACGAGACAAACUACUGCUUUCGUGUUUUGUUUUUUAUUGGGAGAGUGGGCAUGAGAAUAAUAUAAUUAUGAAUAAAUAAAUAUAUAUAUAUAGACAAGCAAAAGGAAAACGUCAUUCGUCCAGAUGAACUUAGACCUUACUAAUAUAACUUUAGACAAAUAUUAUCUUUCUACA